UACACCCUGUUUCCCCUUCUAGAACGUGGGUCGGUUCAGUUUGUUUUAAGAUCAGUUAUUUUAUUUUUUGAAAGAGAACCGCCCAACUGGUCGAGUUGAGUGAGUUGUUGUGAGUGAGAAGCACAGACCUCUUGAGAGACCAUACCACAGCCCGGCGAGGCGCAGUGUUCAGAAGAGUUGGUAACUCUAGACAAGGACUGGUAGGGUUGACGAGAGGACGCGGGGCAGGCAUGGGUUGCAGCCACAGCAAGAGGAAAAGCAAAGUGAAAGAGGAAGAGAAGACUGUGAAGGAGGUCAACAACAGUCAAGAUGGAGGAGUAGGUAAAGUCCCUCUGGAGGAGCUGAACGUGGGUCUAGAAGCAGAGAAGCAGCUGGGUCAGUAUGAGUGGCAGCUGAAGAUCCUACAGGAGGUGCUGUCUGCCUCUGGGACCCAGGAGAGGGAGGAGCUACUAAAAGACCCAACCCAAGGAGAGCUCUGUGCCCUGGUCCACAACAUCAUUGAGAAGGUGGAAACAGAGACGGCUGCUGACAUGACUGUUCUCUAUGUGGAGAAGAGCCAGAGGACCGCAGAGCAGCACGAGAGGCAGCUGGAAGAACUACAUAUAGAAUUCCUAUUAUCCCCCACAGAACGGCAGAGGAGACAGAGUGAAGAGAGAAAACGGCUAACAGAGACACACCAGGCAGCAGAGAAAGUGUUGAAGGAGGAGGUAGAGGAGCUGACUACAGAGCUACAGGUGUACAAUCAGUUAAAGAAGAGAGUUGACGAGUCUACCUUCAAGAAGGACCUGCAGCGGAACAUUCAGGCCCAUGGCAGUCCUGGGCCAUUCUGGGAGCAGGAGCAGGAGAGUCUGCUGUUUGUCAUUGAGAUGAAGUGUGAACGUAUUCAGGAGCAGGGAAACAAACUGCUACAGAUGCAGGUUCUGGUGGAGAAGAAUCUGUCUCUGGAAGACCAGGUCAUAACUGUUUUACAGCAGAACGAGGACCUGACGGUUCGGAUUGACAACCAUCAAAGCCUUAUACAGCAGCUCUCCAAGGAGCACCAGGACCUCCAAGGGACGUUAGACAGGCAGACAGGUCUCUGUCAGAGGCUCACCCAGGAGAAAGAGCAACUCAUGUUUAAACUGAAGCACAGAGACUCCUGUCCUACCUUCCCAUCCUUCCCCAUAGUGUCUGAGAUCUCCCCCAGCUGAUCCACCCGGACCGAACAUGACAAUUGGUUACUUCUGUCUUAAUCCUGUCUAGGGUUGCAAGCAUGGAUCCGUUAACUUUCCCAAAAUUCUAAAAUUAUUUUUUUCAGUAAUCCCUGAUUGGAGGAUUCCAAGAAUCCCUGAUUGGAGGAUUCCAAGAAUCCCUGAUUGGGGGAUUCCAAGAAUCAGGAAGUAAUAUACACAGAGGGAUUUCUCCAACCUGGAAUUUUUCAAGUGAAAUUUCUGAACAAUCUGGGGAUUGUGGGAAUGUUUCGGGGCUUUUGCAACCCUACUGUAAUCCUACUUUGACAACCAAAGUCCAGGUACCUUUACAAAGGGCUAUAGUCACAUGUUUGAUGGAACCUGAUGCCAAAAAAAUGUUUUAAAGGUUUUAUACCUGCUGUGCCGUAGAGUACAUAAUGUUUCUGUAGCAGUAUGGUAUUCAUACAACAGGACUGGGGGGGGCGGGGGGGCAUUGGGCACAGCCAUGCACUGUUGGACUUAACUGACACCCUGCUGUUCAACUGAGAUUCUCAUAGUUGUGUUACUGUCCAACUGAUAUUAUAGGUGAAUGUGACAGUGUUCACUUUGAUGGUUUGAGUUGCAGUUGGAGAGGCAGAUGUUUAAUCAUGUAGUACGUAGCUAGUAGCUACAUCUUUAUCUACCUUCUUCCUGAGACACUAUUACGACGUCUGUCAAAGUUUUACGUCACAGGAUAUAAUGCAGUAUAUACAAUUUAAACAGUAACUUUAGACAACAGCUUUUGUAUUAGGGAUAUGUUUGACUCUUUUGUUUCAUACAAUAUGGGAAAUGGAUUGCCAUGGUUAUUUUCUUUUUGCAGAUGAGGACAUUUUUGUGACUUUUUUUUUUUUUAAGUUACAAAGAACCAAAAGCACUUAUCAGUGUUUUUCAUUUGUAUUUCUUCUGAUGCACUAGCACUUUUAAUAAGUAUUUUACUAGUACUAAAUGUGAGAAAGGUUGCUGUAAAAAAAUACUUUUUUACUCUUGUUUACUCCUGUGUUUUACAUUUUGUUUGUUUACAUUGACAUUUGAAUAAUUUAGCCAACUCCUUUAUCCACAAAGGCAGCGGAUAGAUCUAGGAGGAGAGAGAGAGCUUGAGUUACAAUAAACAUCUGCAUCUGAACCACUGUA